CUAGAUAUGGCGUCCUCCAGCAGUUUCCUGUUGGAAGAGCAGUUUCUGGGUUCUAUAUGUCUGGAUGUGUUCACUGAGCCUGUCACCAUUCCAUGUGGACACAACUUCUGCAAGGCCUGUAUCAGAAAGUACUGGGAAAGCAAUGACCUGUGCCAGUGUCCAAUGUGUAAAAAAGUGUUUGAUAGAAAACCAGAUCUUUUUGUCAAUAUUUUCAUUUCUGAGAUGGCUGCUCAGUUCAGGAAGUCAGUUCAAGUGAACACUACCAGCAGCCCAGACCAACGCCCUCCCGAGCCUGGAGAAGUGGCCUGUGACGCCUGUACUGGCACGAAGUUCAAGGCUCUGAAGUCCUGCCUGGAUUGUAUGACCUCUUAUUGUGAAACUCAUCUGCAGCCGCAUCAGAUAGCCCCAGCCCUGAAGAGACACAAGCAGCUGAUUGCCCCUGUGGAGAACCUAGAAGAUAGCAUGUGUAAGGAGCACAACAAACUGCUGGAGCUGUUCUGUAGGACUGACCAGACAUGUGUUUUUCUCUUGUGCAUGAAAACAGAACACAAGACUCACUACACUGUCCCUCUAGAGAAAGAGUAUAGACAGAGAAAAGUUCAGCUGGGGAAGAUGGAGGCAGAAGUGCAGCAGAUGAUCCAGGAGCGACUUCAGAAGGUUCAGGAUAUAAAACACUUGGUAGAGAUCAGCAAGCGAGACGCAGAGGGAGAGAUAGAAGACAGCGUACAGGUCUUCAUUGCUCUGGUGCGCUCCAUUGAGAAAAGCCAGGCUGAGUUCAUUGAGGUAGUUGAGGAGAAGCAGAAAGCAGCAGAGAGGAAGGCUGAAGGGCUCAUUAAAGAGCUGCAGCAGGAAAUCGCUGAGCUACAGAGGAGAAGCACUGAGCUGGAGCAGCUCUCACACACUGAGGACCAGCUCCACCUCCUCCAGAGCUCUCCAUCCCUCAGCACCCUACCUCCCACCAAGGACUGGUCUGAGAUCAGUAUUCACACCAGUUUGGGUGUGGGGAACCUAAGGGGAGCUGUGUCUAAGCUGGAGGAGACACUCUGGAGUGAAGUGAAGAAGUUGAUGUAUGAUCCUGAAAUGAAGAGGAUUCAGCGGUAUGCAGUGGAUGUGACUCUGGACCCUGAUUCAGCACAUCCCGGUCUCAGCCUGUCUGAGGAUAGGAAACAAGUGAGACAUGUAGACAGAAGACAGAAUCUCCCUGACAACCCAAAUAGAUUUUCCUUAUGUACCGGUAUCCUUGGAAAGAAGGGCUUCUCCUCAGGGAGAUUCUACUAUGAGGUGGAGGUCAAGCGGAAGACUGAUUGGGAUUUAGAAGUGACCAGAGAGUCCACCAACAGGAAGGGUUACAUUACACUGAACCCUCAUAAUGGAUACUGGAGUGUGUGGCUGAGGAAUAGGUAUCAGUACCAGGCCAAUACCUAUUCUCCUGUCUGCCUCUCCCUGAGAGAGAAGCCUCAGAAGGUGGGGGUAUUUGUGGAUUAUGAGGAGGGUCAAGUCUCUUUUUAUGAUGUAGAGGCCAGGUCUCAUAUCUACUCUUUCACUGGUUGCACCUUCACUGAGAAACUCUAUCCAUACUUCCGCCCUUACAAAAAUAAUGAUGGUAAAAACUCUGCCCCUCUGAUCAUCUCUCUUGUCAGUCUCUGA